AUGCAUAUAAAGAAAGAAAAUGUUUUACAAAACAGCACAGCACCAAACAAAUUCAUCCUCCUGGGUCUUUCUGAAGAGUUCUAUUUACAAAGCAUACUUUUCUCGAUUUUUCUGGGAAUUUACAUCAACGCCUUGACCGGAAAUCUUUUAAUCAUUCUCCUUACAUUGGUUGAUCAAACCCUACAUACACCCAUGUAUUUUUUUCUAAGGAAUCUAUCCUUCCUUGAGAUAUGUUUCACAUCAGCUAUUGUCCCCAAGAUGCUUGCCAAUUUCUGCUCAGGGAAUAAAUCCAUCUCUUUUUUGGGUUGUGCUCUACAGAAUUAUUUUGCAUUGUUUUUGGGUGGAACAGAAUGUUUCCUCUUGGCCUCAAUGGCUUAUGAUCGUUACAUUGCCAUUUGCAAGCCUCUCCAUUACUCUGUCCUGAUGGGGCAAAAAAUUUAUACUAGUUUAGCUGUAGCCUCUUGGUUAAGUGGGUUUUUCAUGUCCUUUGGCCAUACAACUAUGGUCUUCACAAUGCCUUUUUGUAAUUCUAAUGUUAUCAAUCAUUAUUUUUGUGACAUUCCUCCAUUACUGAAAUUGGCUUGUGGGAACACGUUUAGGAUUGAAAUAACUGAUUUCAUAGUUGUAGUGAUUUUUGCAACUUUUCCUUUUCUUCUGAUUUUAAUGUCUUACUCUGGAAUCAUUGCUGCCAUUUCAAAGAUCUCAUCCUCUGAGGGCCGGAAAAAGACUUUCUCCACUUGCUCUUCACAUCUCAUUGUUGUGACCUUAUUCUUUGGUUCUGCUUGUAUUAAGUAUAUGAAACCCAAUUCCUCUUAUUUUCCAAAUACAGACAAAUACCUUUCCCUUUUUCAUACAAUCAUUAGCCCUGCUUUAAAUCCUGUCAUAUACAGUUUGAGGAACAAAGAAGUGAAAGGUGCCUUUAUGAGACUCUGGGAAAGAACAUUUUUGGAUUGA